GACGUGACUCAAGGUAUAUCUCAAGCCAGCAAGUCCAUUGAGCAACCCUGAUUUGAAAACAACCGUCGAAAAUGGCCUCAGCACGUCUUUUCGUUCUCCUCAUCAUCGGCACUGUCUUGCUCUGCCAGGUUUCAGGGUUCUUGGAGGAGAUGCUUGCCGAACAUGAAUUGCCGGCAGAAUACAAGAGAGGAUGUCACAACGCCUACAGCUCCUCAAUCUGUGGAAAGGUCAUCACGGCUGAACACUGUAUGAGGAAAGCCUCUUCUCGCAUGGGAUCUUUUGCCCGAUCCAAGUGCAAGGCUCUCUGUGGAAUUUGCUAAGCCAAAAGGCUUAAUGUAUGUGAUCGUACCGUCAACGAACCCACUGGAUCUGAAUAUGCUGAUUAGAUAAUUAUUGAUUUAGACAAGAGACGAAGAAAAUGAACUAAAUGAAAUAAAAAGCAUUAAAAUAA